ACUCACUGCGCAAUACAAUGUAGCAUCGCUCAAAUAUUGUUAAAGGUUCAUUUGCUUUUACAAAGCUACUCCACAAAGUCAAAACAUACACUCGAUGUAGCUACAGGGAUAGGGACACAGGGGGGAGAGGGAGAAAGAAAGUUAUAAGGUGCAUUCUGCUUAAACUCAACCCAGGCAGUUUGCUUUAGAGGAAAAUAGGACGAGGGGAGGGGAUUACUAACAUUGGUAGGAUAUGCAACAGAGCUUCAGCAAACCAUAUCAAUCUGGACGCAGUAAUGAGGACUACGGUUCUCCGAGAUCCCAAAAUAACUGCAAGGACAUAAUUUAAAAGGCGACAGCGCUGACUUUUGGAUUAUACAGUAAUUUUACCUGAGGGCAACUAAAACAAAAAAAACGUUAACAGAGUGAGCUGGCAGUAAAAUUGCGCAGGGAAACCGCACCACCAUUCAGCGGAUAGCGGUCCACAAUCUGUUUUGUGAUGUGACAGCUGGAUGCGCCAAAGUGGCGCUUUUGGGCACGAUGGAGGACUUUUUACUAGAGCAGAAUAGUUGGGCGCAAAAUGUUUCCUGGAGCAACUCAAGUCAUGGAAAUGACAUCCAUUUAGGAAACACCACAGUGAAUCCUUUGAAACGCAAUGAAGAAGUGGCCAAAGUGGAAGUUACAGUCCUGGUCCUGGUGCUGCUGCUCGCUCUGACCGGCAACCUGUGCGUCCUGUGGGCCAUCUACACCACCAAGAACAGCCAGUCUCGGAUGUAUUACUUCAUGAAGCACCUGAGCAUCGCAGAUCUUGUCGUUGCAAUCUUCCAGGUCUUACCGCAACUCAUUUGGGAUAUCACAUUUCGCUUCUGUGGGUCAGAUUUGCUGUGCAGGCUGAUCAAAUAUCUCCAGGUCGUGGGUAUGUUUGCGUCUACCUACAUGCUUGUCCUGAUGUCCAUCGACAGGUGCUUAGCAAUCUGCCAGCCACUUCGCUCCGUGCACAAGAGAAAGGAUCGCUUCUGUGUGAUGGCCUCUUGGAUGCUCAGCCUGGUUUUCAGCACUCCUCAAGCGUACAUAUUUUCUUUGAGGGAUGUCGGGAACGGUGUAUAUGACUGCUGGGGUGACUUUAUACAGCCAUGGGGUGCCAAAGCAUACAUUACAUGGAUGAGUCUCAGCAUUUACAUUUUCCCAGUUGCAAUUUUAACCAUCUGCUAUGGUUUGAUAUGUUUUAAAAUAUGGGAUAAUUUCAAUUUAAACACUAGAAGGGAGCACUUCCUGGCUCUCACUCCAAGGCCCUCCAAAGGCGCUCGUCCCCUCUGUCGUGUGAGCAGCGUGAGGCUCAUUUCAAAAGCAAAGAUCCGCACAGUGAAAAUGACAUUUGUAGUGGUCCUUGCCUACAUUGUGUGCUGGACUCCCUUCUUCUUUGUCCAGAUGUGGUCUGCAUGGGAUCCUGCAGCACCAAGAGAAGAAAUGGCCUUCAUCAUCGCCAUGUUGCUGGCCAGUCUCAACAGCUGCUGUAACCCCUGGAUCUACAUGUUCUUUGCUGGGCACCUGUUCCAUGACCUGAUGCAGUGCUUCUGCUGCUGUAGACAGUACCUGAGCACCUCCUCCUGCAGCAGUGAUCGACAGUGCAGGCCCAAGAGCAGCUCUUCCACUUGCGUUUUCAAGAACACCAGCAGCAGGAGCCUCACGGGGGCGGGACACUGAAGAGCCAGCUCAAAGCCAUCCAGGCUUCCUGUAGUCGAGCAAUCCAGCAAUCAUGCAAGUCCCCUAUUUCAGGCAUUUAACCAUCUGCAGCAAAACUGCUGUGAACUGAGCUAAAUAGACAGUCUAAACCUCUUGCAUAAAAUACCCUGCUUCAAGUUGUUUGGUUGCUUCUGUCCUUUAGUCUUGAAUAUUUAAGUCUUACAGUUCUUACAGUCGUCAUGAUUUGAUCUAAAAUCUCAUCUUUAUCACAAUAAUUAUAUUAAUGUUGCACAAGGACAUUCUUUCUACAAAUCAGUCAAUUCUUAACUGCAUUUUGCUCUAUGAAAAUGGACACUAAUUCAGUUACUGUAAGGAUUAUUUACUCCUUUAAAGCAGCAUUACUUUAUGUAGCAUUUUAUAGUUAUAUUAUUAUAUUAUAUGGGUGGUUAAAUCAAAAAUAUUGAUAUGUAUGAAUUAUAAUGAGGUUGUUGAGAUAAUACCCACUCUUGUGGUUUGGCGUAAUCCAAAUAUCUCAAUUAUAACAACACAAAAAAAAUCAUCAGCAAAAAAAGUUCCAAAAGUAUUGCACUUUGCAAGAAGGAGGCUCUUUCAGCAUGUUUUCAGUUCAUUUUCCAAACAGUGUUUGUCCUUUAUGAUGUAGACUAAUAUAAAAUACACUUUGUAAGUAGUUUCCACUGUUCCUUGUUUGUCCUUCAUAUUAUAUUAUGAAAUUCACUUUGGAAAUAGUUUCCACUGCUCCUAGUUG